AUGGCCAAGGGUUCUGCCAACCAGGCAAAGAGCGUGCCCAACAAACACCUGCAUGCACGCAUCGCAUAUUUGCACCAAGCCGCAACCCAUCUCGCCUUACAACGAACACCCAUUACCCAUACCAACUCGUCGCACGUCGACCCCCAUCUGCAACAGCACGGUCUGCCUCUUCUGCUCGCCGCCCAGCUCCAGGCUGUUUCGCUGAAAGCUCAGAUUCGUCUUUCUCAUGACAUGAAGCGCGCUAUCUGCAAGGUUUGCAGCACCCCUCUACUGCCAGACACAACCUCCGAGACGCGUGUCGAAAACAAGAGCAGGGGUGAGAAGAAGUCUUGUGCCGACGUACUCGUCAUCCAGUGCCGGAACUGUCAUACCGAGAAGAGGUUCCCCAUCGGUGCCCAGCGUCAACAGAANAAAGCAAAGCGCAAGGCUGCACUCGCUGCCGCAAAUCCUCAGGCGGAAACACAAAACAACGAGACUGAAAUGGACCAUGUCUGA